CAAAAAUUGGCCAAAAUGGGGGUGCCGCUCAGCAAAUACCGUGUCCUACAAAGUUGCCUAGACAUUCGCUGCGUUGUGAGCCCCUCUGAGAAUGGCAGAGUCGUUCAUUCGACCCCCCCAGAACUCACAAAAUCUCCAUCGAAAAUGUCAGAAUCAAACGCUACCGAAAAACUGAAGACAUCAUCCAACGCCUUUAAGUUAUUGACACCGAAUAGUCGAAUGUCAACAGAGAGCGUUACUAUCGACGGGGAGAGUGGUAUCCGAUCGCCGGAGCAUACACCCACGGUCAACUGUUGGAAAUCCAACCAGCUGGAAGCCGUUGGUGAAUCUAUCCGGCAGACUGAGCAGCAGACAAACAAUGAAGAAGUCCCUGACGAAAUGCAAGAAGAAUGCACCAUUUGUUCAUCUGCGGUUGUGGUCUCUGAAAUUGUAACUGUCAUGGAAGGUUCGCUAGUCGUCGAAAUUCACGCCGUCCAUUCCGAAUCCGAUGUUGAAGACGAAGAAAACUGCAACCGGCCUUUGGUUGCCCGGCCCCGUACACCGAACAGGACGUUGUUCCAGCCAUCGCCACAACCUUUCCGUCUAGAAACCGACGAUGGGCAAAACGAAUGUUGCGAUCGUGAAACAUUGUUUGAAGGAGCGGGAGUGGUAGACGGCCUACCAUCGAUAUGUGUAGACGAUUUUAAGAUCGAAAAGAGGCGUCAUCAUCAGUCUCUGACGACGGUGGACGUCGAAUCGACGGCGAUCUUGAGACGAUGCCAGUCGCCUCGUUACGGACGAUCCUUUUCCAGAUCCACCGACUCGCUGAAUGAAACCUCCGAGUCCACGCCAACAUUAUCGUCCAGCUUUGGCGAACACUCAAAAGAGUUCCAUCUCGUUCGAGGUCCGGACAACUGGGAAACGCCUGUGACGGGCAAAAGACGAGAAUCUGCUCCUGAUUUCAAUUCAUCGGAUUCCAACGAUAGUCGACCGAAGAUUGUCAUCCGCCUCACAUCUGUCGAGGGCCUGGAACUCAACUUGACCAAUUCACUUCAAGAUAAUCAACUUCUUCCGGAAGCGGCAACAGUCGUCGUCUGCCCACAUCGGUCGAUCCGAGUAGGAGCCACCCGCCCACAGCCGCCGAAAUCAAAGAGAACGUUUGAUUUGAUGACAUUGGAGGACGUUUGUGGUUCAUCCGCCAUGGCCAAAGUCUUUCGCAAGUGCAAGAGCGCCACCUUUCAGAUUGGUAGCGAUACCUACACCAUCGUGGCCAGUGGUCCGAAAGGUUCCUCCAAAGACGACAGCUCUUUUGAUUACACACCGACGGCCAAUGGAGAAUACACAGGAUCGGAAACUCUGACAAUCAUGCGGCGUUCGAGCAGCAAAAGGAAAAGCCAAAGGUCCAGUACAGGUGCUGGAACUCCCACAGUUAGCGAGCUGGACGAUUCGGCAUUAGAGCGGCACGUCGGUAUCAUCGAAGAUGAACCGCCCAUUGAAAUGGCGGCUGCAGCUGUCCCAUCGUCCGAAGUUUGCGAGAACGCUUCUCUUCGGCUGAAAUGCCUAUUAAGGCUCCUGGACAAGGGCGAAGUGCGGCCCGAAGUGAUGCAGAAGAAUCUGAAAUUGGCCAUUCAAGUGCUGGACGCCGUGUACAUCGACGAGGCCGGAAGUCCCGACUGCGAAGACGAUGUCGGCGACGAGGAGGCUUUGUGGCCAGAUACGAAUGACGCAAGUUCGCCAGCACCACUCACCAACAACACCUCUCCCCACUUGUUAUUACCUCGUUUGGCAAAACCCUGUUGUUCACGGGCAUCUCGAGUUGGGCUCAGACCGGCCGUCACUUCUUUUACCACUUGUUCUUCUCCUACUCGUUCUUGUUCGUCCACUGCUACUACCCCAACAGCAUCUACCACUGCUACUACCGCUACUACUUCAAAGGCAUCUGUUCGUCGUCCUACACUUUUCAAGAAAAGACGCACACCGGAAGAAGAUGACGACUUAUCGGAAGUGCGGGCCGAUGCCGUGCCGCCGGAAGUGCGAGCCUGGCUGGCGUCUACGUUUACACGCCAAAUCAGCAGUCAUCGUAAACCCGGCGAGGAGAAGCCGAAAUUCCGGUCGGUGGCACAGGCCAUCAGGGCCGGAAUCCUGGUGGAACGCAUCUAUCGCCGAAUGUCCUCAUCGUCCUUUCUACAAUUCCCAGUUGAAGUGGCUCGCAAUUUAAAGCUGAUCGACGAGUGGACUUUCGAUGUUUUCGCUCUGAGCGACGUCUCGGCCGGUUCUCCUCUGCGCUACCUCGGCAUCGAUCUCCUCAAUCGCUAUGGCGUCAUCCACAAAUUUAAGAUUCCAAGCAGCACAUUGGAAGCGUUUCUCAACCAAACGGAGGCCGGCUAUUGCAAGCAUCGCAAUCUGUAUCACAACAAUACGCAUGCGGCAGACGUGGCCCAAACGCUUCACUACGUCCUCUAUCAAACUGGAUUGAUGAACUGGUUGACUGAUUUGGAAAUCUUCGCCGCCAUUAUUGCAGCCAUCAUUCACGAUUUUGAACACACGGGAACGACCAAUAGCUUCCACGUCAUGUCUGGUUCGGAGACGGCCUUGCUCUAUAAUGACAGGUCCGUCCAGGAGAACCACCACAUCAGCGCAGCGUUUAGGCUGAUGCGAGAAGAGGACUGUAACAUCUUGGUCAACCUGUCGCGCGAAGAGUUUCGUGAAUUCCGAUCGCUGGUCAUAGACAUGGUCUUGGCUACGGACAUGUCGUGCCACUUCCAGCAGAUUAAAGCAGCCAAAGCUCUGCUCACUGUUCCCGAACUCAGUGUGGACAAGUCGAAAAUCCUGUCGCUGGUGCUGCACUGCUGCGACGUGGCCCAUCCGAGCAAACCUUGGCUCUUGCACCGGCACUGGACCGAUUUGCUGCUGGAAGAGUUCUUCCGUCAGGGUGACCAUGAGAAAGAACUUGGAUUACCUUACAGCCCGCUCUGUGAUAGAAACAAUACUUUAGUUGCUGAAUCGCAAAUUGGUUUCAUAGAAUUUAUUGUUGAGCCAACAAUGGCCGUCAUGGGUGACUUAUUGGACAAAAUUCUGAUACCUAUACGACCGCAAUCAGCCCCGAUCCGGAACGAUCACCGAGAUUCGAUCUCCGAAGAAAAAUGCGAUGCAGGUGGCGAAGUGGUCACUGUGCCAACCACACCGGAGAAAAACAAGAAAGAGGGUGCCAAUUCCAAAGUAUCCGGCGAGAAGAUUAUUCGGCCUUGGGAUGUCUAUUUGGAGGAGAACAAAGGCAAAUGGAAAGAGCUGAGCGUUAAAGAUCAACAAAGACGGCAGGAAGAAGCCAAACUGAAAGCUGAAGAUUAAAAAAGAAAAUGUCAAACAACUAGUCAAGAAAAUUCGAAUUUCGAUUGUUUACAAAUUAGAUAAGAUUCUCCUCCUGAGAAGGACAAAAAUGGAAAAAAGAAACAAGAAAAACAAAAAAAAAAAAAAUUAUCUUAAUUAAACUAAAACAAUACCUCGACACACCAGAAAUUAACUAAUAGUAUUUCGUACAUCAUUUCUAGGACCUGGAUGACUAUGCGUUUUUCAUUAACCGUCCGUAUUACCAAAACGUCUGCUUUUUUGCUCGAGGAAAAAAAAAAAGAAAGACAUUACGCUUAUCGAUGUUUGUAGGUGACACAUUAUUGUCUCGUGUUCCCCUAACAUGAAAAAAAAAAAGAGAGAGAGAGAGAGUUAAACGUUUUCUUUCACAACAUACCGUGAUGAUAGGGAAACAGAUGUUUGAAAACAUUCGUAAUGGGAUUGUGCCGUAUCUACUUAUGAAAAAAAUCCUUUUGUCUCUUUGUAAUUUUCAAUUUGAUAUCAUUUCCGGCGAAUCAUGUAUCAUCAUCUUUGAAUUUUCCUAAUUCUUCUGAUUAUUCUAUGGUUUUAUGAUUAAUAUUUUCUACCCUUUUUUGUCUCAUCAAAGAUUGUCGGUCAAUCUUGUCACGUCAAUACAUAAAAUAAACAAUGAAGAUCGGUUGCACCGUUAA